CAUCGGGUAAAACGGUUCGCGACUCGCAGGUGGGAUCUGUGACGGAUUUUCGUGGCGCAGAUUACGACGCGUGUUGACAUCGGACGCGCGUGAGUUUUUUUCUUUGGGUUUGCCCCGGUCAACCGGUGACAGUGCGGGUUCGUGAAAUGUGAUACUGAGGUUGGUGAAGAAUCUCGUGAAGAUAUUUUCUUUCUAGGGAAGAGUGCACAACUGAAUGGGCUAAACAAGCCAGCGGAAUGCGAAUCUGGCCAAACGUCAAAGUUUGUUGUUGACCGGAAGAGAGAAUUUUUGGUUGUGCAACCCCAACAGGCAUUGUCAAGUGGUCGUAAAGCAAUAGAAGAAGAAGCAGCUUGUUGCAACGGCCAACGAUUGACCAAUCGCGUACAAGAAAGCGGUGAAGAAAGUCAAGUGGUGUAAGCCGACAAAGGAAACGGCUCGGAAUCUGUGUCAAACGGAACAUGAUUUUCGGCGGUGCAACGCCGAACAAGAAGCAGAAGAAGAGCACGUGUGACUGACGCGUGGGAGUCGUUGAUGGUUCGGAGAUUCUAAGCCGGGCUUUUUUCGGUGCUGCGACGACGUAUUGUUAUGCUAAUAUUGUGUUUAACAAAUUUCACGAUGCAAUAAAGUGUUUUAGUGCGGUGGUUCUGCGGUGGUGUCCGCAGUGAAGAGAGAUAGGUGUUACGAGCAGAUCUAAAUCGUUUCGAUUGUUCUCAAGAGCAGUGCAGUGUAGUGAGGAACCCCGAAUUGAAGGGCCGGAAAUUGAAGUAUCAGCCGACACACUAGUUCUUCUCGUACGUCGACAGCAAAGGCAAAUUUUCCAACCCAAAAAAAAAAGCAAAGUCGACGAAGGAAGCGCUUCUGCAGCUGAUGGAAGUGAAUGAUUGGAUAAUUGGCGUCAGUGAAAUUAAUUGAGGUGUAUUCACGUGGGUUUGUUCGGACCGUGCCUGGCCACACUCUGGACCCGGAGCAAGUGGAGGAGGAGUUGAAAGUUUCGUGUCGUGGCCAAAGGCAUUUAAUUGAAAUAAAUGAAAACGACGACGGAGAAAUUCUCGCCUCGUUAGACGCCGAAUGACGAAAGGCCCCGCGCGCCGCUUCUGAGUCAAAGUUUUGGCUUGUGAGGGCAGAGCGGAGUAAAAAACAACAAACCUCAACGGCUCUAAGGGCCCUUCACCGGUCAUUUCCCGGUCGUCCAUGAAACGCCGACCCAACCAAGUUGAGAAAAAAACCUGCCAACGCAGCCGUCUCGCAGCGUUGAAGUAAAUUUCGGUGAAUAAUGAGUACGCAGCCAACGAACGGUUGCUGGCGAAAAAUGGGCUCCCCUAACGAGGGUGGUUUGAUGCCGUAAUAAAUAAAUUACGCCGAGCCAGACGCAAAAUUCACCCUCUCUCGCAGUAAGAGAGAGAGCCCGGUCUUGUUCAGGAAUCGCGAAAAAUCGAGGGAAAACGAACCAGCCUGACUGCAAGAUUGGCGUGCGUGAGAAAGAUAACGAGGUGGAAGCAUAUGCCACUCCCCCGCCGGAAAAAAGGCAAAGGAGCAGUGCUGCCAGAAAAAAGGACAACUUUGAAGCUGCUUAAGGAUGCUCACGGGUGCACAUUUAAAUUCAGCACCGUGAAAUUGAAAGUGAAGUUCACGCGACGGCAACAGGAGGAAGGAAAAGAAGCAGGAAUUUAAUAAGAGUGUGUUUUUACGUGAUUUCUUCUGUUUUGUUCGGCAAAUAAAUACGCAGUGAUUUUGUGUGUCCCCGGAAGGUCCCUUUCGAAAGGUGAAGCUUUGAAUGUUUGUGUGUGUUUUUGUUCGAAAAAGGAAGGACUGGAAAUAAAAAGUUGAAGAAGGUCGGAACUAUGUAAAUAAAUAUCAAAUUUAUGUUAAUAUAGUGAGAGAUAACGAAAAACUGGUGGAAAAUCUGAGCAAUUCUAAGCUGAUUUGGGGACGAAACGAAGCUUGGAAAAUUCACCGGUAGUAAAUUGUCCACGAAGAUGAGAGACGCACAAGCUCGGAUCGUCGCCGGGACAGCUUUUAAUUGAAUCCCACCAGUGGAGAGACGUCGACAGCCCAGACGACAUCAGCCCGAGAGACCUUUCCACCUCCCCCGCACAAGAUCGCUUGAGCGCACAUCUUGAGAAACCAUUUAUCUCCGCGUCCACGCGACGAAAGAAAGUAAGAGGCAGCCAUGACAGCCGCAGCGUCACCAGCGUUGACAGAGACCUUUCCAGGUCGUCCCAGAAGAAUCCCAUCGGCAGUCCCCCAGGUAAUCAGCAUACCGCUGGUUCUGCUGCUGCUGCUCCAACUCCCCCACCCGAUAAUUGGAUUCUGUCCGUCACUGUGUACCUGCGAGUCCAACCUGCGAACCUCCUGCAUCAACGCGUCCCUCGAGGUCGUCCCAAUUCAGCUGAACCCGGACGUGCGACACAUCAAUCUCACCGCGAACGCCAUCACGAACGUCCACUUUACGCUCGGGUUCUACUACCAGCUGGAGGUGCUGGACAUUUCGCACAACCGACUCGACACGCUCGGGUCGAAGAACUUUGAGGCGCAGGAAAAGCUGCGCACGCUCAACCUCAGUGAUAACGCGUUGACCAGCUUGUUGAAGGAUAGCUUCAAGGGGCUGCGGAGGUUGGAGAUCCUGCGACUGUCGGAUAACCGGAUCGAGAAGAUCCAUCCGACGGCGUUUCAUGGGUUGGCCAACCUGCUGGAUCUGGAUCUAAGCAACAAUGUGAUUGUCAGUCUUGAGGAAGGGGUCUUCAAACCACUACAAACGUUGGAACGACUCUCCUUGGAGAACAAUCAAAUUCUGGAGAUUCCAUACGAUGGAAAUCUGCAGCAUUUGAGAUCGCUGAGGCAUUUGGAUCUGGCGGUGAAUCUGAUUGAGUUUAUCGCCAACGAUAGCUUCAGCGGGUUGAGGGAGCUACGGUCAAUGCAGCUGGGAGGAAACGUGCUGACGGAGCUGGACCUGGGUGCGUUCAACGGGCUGAACGCGCUCAAGCAUCUCAAUAUGGCUGAUAAUAAUUUGACGAUCAUCCCCACGGUCCAGCUCUCCAAGCUGUACAACCUCACGACGCUGUCGCUCAGCGGCAACUCCUUCUUCCAGCUUCCGGCGGUGUCCUUCCUGAACCUAUUCCACCUGCGCGAGCUUCACCUCAACCGACUAGACCGACUCGAGCGGAUCGACUCCAGAGCCUUCGUCGACAACACGUACCUGCAGAUCCUGACGCUGGACGACAACCCUGCCUUUUCGGAACUCCCAACGCGCCUCUUCCACGGCAAUCCGAACCUGAUCGACGUGUCGAUGAGGAGGAACGCGCUCGUUACAGUGGACGCCGUCCAGUUUCCGCUGGACCGACUCCAGCGACUCAAGUUGGCGGGGAAUCCGCUGGUUUGUAAUUGUUCUAUUCGGUGGCUUUGGAGGUUGGUCACGGGGACGGUGGACGAGGAUGACAGUGACGGGGUGGGGCACGUUGGUGGGGACAGUUUGGCGAACAUUACUACGGUGCUGGUGAUCGACAAGGACGAGAUUGGGUGCGAUUUGAACGAGGAUGGGUUGGUUACGAGGAGGACGUUGCGGAACAUGAGUGAGGGGGAGAUGAACUGCCCGGCGCACUUGGUGACUAUGCUGGGGGUGUUUGGGUGUGGCGUCGUUCUCGCGUUGAUCACGGUUGCGUUCGUCUUCUACCGUCGGAGACUCCGCGCCAAGAAGAAGAUUCUGCAGGAGCGCAAGAACGUCCACGAGCGGAUCGUGCCGCAAAAGGUCGACAAGCUGGAGCUCGAGCGCUACCUCGCUCAGCAAGUCCUGGCCAACGACUACCGCGAGCUUAGACCGGCGGACGCCCCCAUCCGGUACGACUCCAAGUGCUCAACACAACCCCUGCACACCCCAGAUCCGGAAGAGUCCGACCAUUACGAAAACAUCGACUACCUGCAGCACCAGCGAGCCCUCAGCCAUCACUACAACCAUCCGUACCACCAGAACCAGCACCCGCACCCGUACCACCAGCAACUUCACGGGCCAACGGCCCCGGCCAUGACCCUCCAACACCCUGGACCGGGAGGUUACCCGCAGAAGUACGGCCCAGGAGCCAACGCAACCCUUCCAGUGCCUCAGCAUCAACAGCAGAGUCCAAAUCAGCCAAGAAGCGGUCAGAAGGCGUACUCGCCCAACUUCUUCAUCUACGUGGUGUAUUCGCACUUUGUGCUGCUGCUGCUGAUAUUAUGAUGAGCUAAUCGGAAACAGGGUGGUGAAGGUGGGGAGAGAAAGUCGUGCUGUGCUGUAAAAACUGUUGUAGGAAGAUGUUUUGUUUGUUAGGUGAAGAAAUUGAUAAGAAAAAAUGUUCGUUUUUUUUCAUGCUCCGUAAAAAAUCACAACUGAAUGAAUCGCUCAUUAAAGCCAUUUGCUACGAAAAUUAAAAUAAUAAGAAGAUGGUUUCCAGGCUGAAUCAUAACAAUGUUACCUUUGAAUAUGUUUCUGGGUUUCGUAAAAAAAUAUUUUGAAAAGUUCCGAUUCCGAUUGCGUUAUCCAAAAUAUUGUGUGUAAGAUUUUUUUUUCGAAUCAAAAUGUUUUUUUUUUUUUGUUUUGAGAAUAUUUUUUAAAAAAAUUUUUUAAUUGACGUGACAGUUUUCCUAAAGGAAGGAGAAGUAUGGUCAAAUCAGCCGCCGACAUUUUUGGAUUUUUGGAAAUGGUUGAAAUGUCAUACAAAUAAUUUUUUUGGAACUUAUUUUUUUAUAU